AUGAUCAACACUGGCCCGUACGAGGAACACAAAUUUAAAAAUGGCAAACCCAGAGACCCGCUCAAUGCAAUGACGGAAGAAGCGAGUGCCGUUCGGCAGAAAGUUGCGCACCUGUUGGGAGAGGAUAAACUGGAACAGCUCGUCGGAAAAUUGCCCGCCGACCAGAAACUGAUGUGGGCAGGAUUCAAACGAGAUCGUGUUGGGGUGGAUUUGAAAACAUUCAGCGAAUACAUGACCGGGGUGAUGCAGGAUGCCUCGAGUGUAGUGCUAUACGAGUCGGACGCCCGAAAAACCAGCGGAAGAGAAAAAACGAAAGCUUACGUGAACUCGCAUCAAACUAAGGGUAUCGACACAUCUACACCGCCGGUGAUGCAAUAUAGGGGGAGUGGAUGCUUACAUUGCGACAAGGAAGGACAUAAGCUCCGAGAGUGCCAAGCGUUCAGAGCUCUAUCCAUUGACGAUUGCUGGCGACGGAUUCGUGCAUUAAGCGUGUGUCAAAUUUGCUUAUACGCUCAUGGUAGGAGAGCCUGCCGUAGUAAUAAUCGAUGCAACGUAAACGGCUGUCAGUUUAAACACCACCCACUUCUGCAUGGGAAGUCAACAGCUCCGCCUGCGCAAGUAGCAAAUAACCACACUCAUCGGCUGUUGGAUUCCGAUGUUUUGUCCCGAAUUCUACCUGUUACGUUGUACGGAAAAUCUGGGAAAGUAAACACCUUUGCCUUUCUAGACAAGGGUUCGUCACUGACUUUAGUCGAAGGCGAUCUGGUAGCCCAGCUUGGUUUGGAAGAAGAACCACAACCUCUAUGCCUCAGAUGGACCGGAAACACGUCGAGGGUGGAAAAGGAGUCACAUGCGGUAACCGUUGCAAUUCCGGGGUCGGAACAGCAGCGACAGUAUAAACUGGUAAACGCGCGUAUCGUGCAUAAUUUAGACCUACCGUCGCAAUCUUUCGAUUUCGAGGAGGCAGCUAACAAGUUCGCUUACUUAAGACAGCUGCCAAUAAAAGGCUACCGUUAUGCCAGACCGGCUAUAUUAAUCGGAAUAGACAACUUAAAACUUGCUGUGCCGUUGAAGACAAGAGAAGGAGAUGGAUCCGGUCCGAUUGCCGUUAAAACGCGACUGGGAUGGUGCGUCUCUGGGCGGCGGACGUUCGAAACAAACCAAGGAUUCAGCUUCCACAUUUGUGGCUGUGCGAGAGAUGAUUCGUUACAUGAGACGGUAAAACACUUUUUUGCUGUAGAGGAGAAUGGAGUUGGACAGUAUGAUUCCAAACUUAGUGCGGAGGAGAAGCGAGCACAAGAACUGUUGGAGCAAACAACGAAGCGUGUUGGCAGACAUUUCGAGGCGGGUCUGCUAUGGAAUGGCUUUGCUUUUUUGCUGCUAUGGAAAGAGGACGAUAUCGAACUACCCGACAGCUAUGGCAUGGCCUUACGAAGACAUCAAUGCCUCCAACGGAGAAUGGAACGCGAUCCGGUGCUAUGGGAGAAUAUAAGCCGUCAAAUUAAAGAGUAUGUCCAAAAAGGUUUCGCGCAGCGAGCGACUACAGCCGAUUUGGAAAGUGCGGAUCCCAGAAAUUCUCAGCGUUUCCUGUGGAGUAACACUCCUGGUGAGGCAGCGGAUAUUUACGUUAUGAACGUCGCAACGUUUGGUGGUACUUGCUCACCUGCUUCCGCGCAGUAUGUGAAAAAUAUUAAUGCCAUGCAGCACAUCCAGCGGUAUCCCAGGGCUGUCGAGGGAAUACUGAAGUGCCAUUUCGUCAACGAUUACCUCGACAGCUUUGGCAGCGAAUCUGAAGCGAAGAAGGUCUCGUCAGAGGUACGAUUAGUUCACAGUAACGGAGGAUUUCAUCUGCGGAACUGGAGAUCGAACAGCGAAAGGGUUUUGAUAGAACUUGGAGAGUCGGCGGCAGCAGACAUCAAGAACUUGUACCUAGAUCGUAGUGAACAUGUGAAUAGAGUACUCGGGAUGCUCUGGUCAACAGGUUUGGAUGAAUUGAGCUUUUUCACUCGCAUGAGUGAAGAGGUAAGACAUCUACUGGACAGUGGCACUAGACCAACCAAACGCCAAGUGCUGCGAUGUGUCAUGUCUCUAUUCGAUCCGUUGGGACUCCUUGCCCCAUUCAUAAUUCACAGUAAAGUGCUAAUUCAGGAGUUGUGGCGUGCAGGGACAGAGUGGGAUGAAGCAAUAGGCGAUAAGGCGUUCGAGCACUGGAACCGAUGGACAAAGAUGAUCGAGUUCAUAUCAACCGUGAAAAUACCGAGAUGCUACUUUCCCCGAGCCACUGAAGCGACCUAUAAGAGCGCCCAACUUCACGUGUUCGUCGAUGCCAGCGAAAUCGCUUACUCGUGCGCCGCCUAUAUUCGAACGACCGCAAACGAUGGUUCCUCCGAAUGUGUCUUGGUUUCCGGCAAAACCAAAGUGGCCCCGCUUAAACCGAUGUCCAUUCCACGGACCACCAUCCCGUCGCGUUCUCCAAAAGAUUUCUUUGGACUGAUUCCACAACAGCGAGAACAUGGAUCCAAUCUGAUCCGCACCGAUACAAGCCAUUUGUGGCCCAUCGGGUGGGAGAGAUGGGUGCCAUCCAAGCUAAACCCAGCAGACGAGGCAACCAAGUGGGGGCGGGGACCUUAUUUCAAUCAGGAGAGCCAAUGGUUUAAUGGGCUUGCAUUCCUCCGACUGCCAGAAGAAGAAUGGCCAAAAACUACCGAGCCAACGGAACCGACAACCGAAGAAGUUAGACCCUCAGUGUUACUACACUUCGUUUUCGUUCCAGUUCUGGAUUACAAUCGAUUUUCUUCAUGGAGAAAAAUGGUACGCACGGCAGCGUACGCUUUACGUUGCCUGUUCAAUUAUUUUGAGCAGACCCAAAAGAUUAAUGGACCCCUUACGCAGGGCGAGCUUCUCGGCGUGGAACACGCAAUUGUGAGACUGGUGCAACGUGAGAGUUAUCCGGAUGAGAUGGCCAUUCUCGAACAGAACAGAACUAAACCGAACCACAAACAUGCUUUUCUCGAGCGAAAAAGUGCGUUGUUCAAACUGAUGCCAGAGUUAGACGAAACCGGUUUGCUGAGACAACUAAGCCGUAUAAUUGCUGCGAAUGCUGCGAUUUAUGAUGCCCGGUUUUCACUGAUCUUACCAUCGAAACACCGAGCAAUUCGUAAAGCCUGUCCCGGUAAUCCACCUAUGGCUGCGCUUCCUUCAGCCCGCCUUGCAGUGCACAUGCGUCCAUUCACCUAUGUGGGUCUGGACUACUUCGGUCCAUUCUUAACGAAAGUGGGAAGAUCAAAUGUGAAGAGAUGGAUUGCACUCUUUACAUGUCUCACUGUAAGAGCUGUGCACCUUGAGAUUGCCUUCAGCUUGACGACUGCUUCCUGCAUAUCAUGUGUGCGACGAUUCAUCGGACGACAAGGGUCGCCGAUCGAAAUCUUCAACGAUAAUGGCACCAACUUUCAGGGAGCGGAACGCAUUCUGUGUGAUCAGAUCGACCAGGAACUAUCGGUAACAGUCACUAGUACCACGCGAAAUGGAGUUUCAUACCACCGGGGGCACCACAUUUGGGGGUGCUUGGGAAAGGAAUGUGCCACACACAGCAUCAAACACUGCCUCAUCUCGUGUCGGGUGACGCAAUCAUACGACGCCGGAGCGUGCGUGUAUUUUUACUUCGGUUUUAACCACACCGGUUUCUCCAGCCCGGUGCACAUCUACGAAACCAUCGAAGCGCAUGCCCGCGACGAAAUCCUUGCCUGCGGUGGAUCUAUCUCGCAUCAUCACGGCGUCGGGAAGAUACGGUCCCGCUGGUACCCCCAAACCGUAUCCGAGGUGGGCGUCGCUCUGUACCGGGCCACCAAACGUCAGCUAGAUCCAAAGAAUAUCUUCGCCGCGGGCAAUUUCCUUCCACUGGAGGAGACGGAGAAAAAUGUGUGCGAAAGUCAGAAGCUCAUUUCCAAACUGUAG